UUUUUUUUUCAAUUUUGCGUUGAACAACUGUCUAUUUCUAUUUUUCUAGGUAUUAUUAAUAUUCCAAGAAUUACUACACAACUUUUUGUUGAUUCAACAAAAAAAAUUCUUGAUGUAUAUAUUUACAAGAAUGAGGAAAAUGGAGAAAAAAAAAAAAAAAAAAAUACCAUUUAUUUUAUUUCGACUAUAAAAAAUUUCAUAUCAAAAAAAAAUUUUUUUAGUUAUGACUUAUGCUCUUUAUCACAAGCAUAUGUAUUUUACAAAUUAUCACAAAUUCAAGUUAGUAACUUUUCUAAAUUAAAGUCUUUUUUUGAAUAUAACAUAUACAUAACAUCCUUUUUUGUUAAGAAUCAAAUAAAAGAUUUUUUUAAAGAACAAGGAAUCUUUCAUUAUGAAUGGAAAGAUAAAACCCUUUUAAAUUCCGAAAUAAAUCAAUGGAAAAACUGGUUACGAAGUCAUUCUCAAUAUAAUUUACCUCAGAUUGCAUGGGCUAGAUUAGUAACCCAAAAAUGGAAAAAAAAACUAAACCAAGACUCUCUAGUUCUAAAUCCAAGUUUAAACAAAGUGGAUUCAUACGAAAAAAAAAUUUUUGAUAAUUACAAAAAACAAAAUUUUUGUGAGGCUAACUUAUUUUUCAAUCCAAAACAUAAACAGAAUUUCAAAAAGGAUUCUAUAUAUAAUCUUUUUUGCUACAAAUCUAUUCAUUCUACAGAAAAAUUUUUUGAUAUGUCUACAGGCCUAGAAAAUUUUUUAAUCUCUUGUUUUCUAGAAAAAUAUAAUAUUCGCAGUAUAGGGGAAAUUUUGCAUAGAAAAUAUUUGGAUUGGAGAAUUCUCAACUUUUGGUUUAGAAAAAAAGUAAAUAUUGAGCUUGAUACUAGGAGUAAAAAAAAAUAUAUUAAAACUAAAGUUAAGAAUUAUAAAAGAAUUUAUAAAAUAACUAAGACGAGUCUUGCCAAUCAAAAAAUAAAUUUUUUUGAUUGGAUGGGAAUGAAUGAAGAAAUACUAAAUCCUCGUAUAACAAAUUUUGACUUUUUUUUCUUUCCAGAAUUUUUCUUAUUUUCUAGUACAUAUAAAAUGAAACCGUGGGUCAUACCAAUUAAAUCACUUCUUUUCAAUUUUAAUGAAACAAAAAAUGUGAAUAAACAGAUCACCCUAAAGAAAAAAGGUUUUAUACCAUCAAACGAAAAAAAAUUCCUUCGGUUUUUUAAUCUAAAUAAAGAAGAAAACGAAUCAGCAGGUCAAGAAGAGUUUGAAUCAGAUAAAGAAACAAAAAUAAAUACGGAAUCAGCUCUAUCAAAGCAAGAAAAAAAUAUUGAAGAAAAUUAUACAGAAUCGAAGAUAAAAAAACGUAAAAAUAAAAAAAAACCAAAAAGCAAUACCGAAGCGGAACUUGACUUAUUUCUCAAAAGGUAUUCGCGUUUUCAAUUGCGAUGGAAUUGUUUUUUUAAUCAAAAAAUCCUCAAUAAUGUAAAAGCAUACUGUCUCUUGGUUAGACUAAAAAAUCCAACCGAGAUAACGAUAUCUUGUAUUGAAAGAGGAGAGAUGAGCUUAGAUAUUCUAAUGAUUGAGAAGAAUUUCACUUUUUCAAAAUUAAUGAAAAAAGGAAUAUUGAUUGUUGAACCUGUUCGUUUGUCUGUAAAAAACGACGGCCAACUUAUUAUAUAUAGAACCAUCGGGAUUUCAUUGGUUCAUAAAAAUAAACAAAAAAUAAGUAAAAGAUCAAAAAAAAAAAGCUAUAUUUAUAAAAAAAAAAGUUUAAAUUUCUUUGUCCCUGAAACUAUUCUAUCCCCUAAACGACGUAAAGAAUUUCGAAUUCUAAUUUGUUUCAAUUUAAAAAAAAAAAUGCAAGGGAUAGAAAUUCAAAAUUUGAUACAAAUAUUCAAAACUUGACCACAGUUUUGAAUAAAAAGAAAGAUCUUGAUAAGGAUAAAAAAAACCUAAUUAAAUUAAAAUCCUUUCUUUGGCCCAAUUUUCGAUUAGAAGAUUUAGCUUGUAUGAAUCGCUAUUGGUUUAAUACGACUAAUGGAAAUCAUUUCAGUAUGAUAAGAAUACACAUGUAUACGCGAUUUCAAAUGCAUUAAUGGUAGAUCCUUUUUACUAUAUUUUGACUAUAUAUAUAGUAUUAAGUUACGGUAUAUGAACAAUAUAUAAUAUAAGUUACGGUAUAUGAAAACAAUUGGAUGCACAAAUGUGAGGGAUUUUUUUUAAUUCAAUCUUUAUACAUGAGAUUCAUUGAAUUAAUGACAUAGAUACCACUCAGAGCGAAUUCAUAAAUAAAUUUUUAAAAUCCUCCUUUUUUAGAUCGAAAUUUAAACUUUUUUUUUAUAAAAUUAAGAAUUAAUAAGUUGAUAAUUAAAUUCGGAUCCUUGUACAAAAAAACUACCAUUAUUAUUACUGAUCAGUAAAAUUCAUAUCUUUCAAUUCAUAUUAAAAAGGGAAGGAUUUCUUUUUAUGAUAAAAAAUACAUUCAUUUCAUUUCAAGAAAAAAAAGAAGAAAGCAAGGGAUCUGUUGAAUUUCAAGUAGUCAGUUUCACUAAUAAGAUACGAAGACUUACUUCACAUUUGGAAUUGCACAGAAAAGAUUAUUUAUCUCAGAGAGGUCUACGAAAAAUUCUGGGAAAACGUCAACGACUGCUGGCUUAUUUGUCAAAAAAAAAUAGAGUACGUUAUAAAGAAUUAAUUAAUCAGUUGAAUAUUCGGGAAUUAAAAACUCGUUAAAUUCCAAAAUUGUGAAUUAGUUAAUUUUUUAGAUCUUGAAUUUUUGAAUAAACUUCUUUUUCAGCAAUCUAAUUCAUACCAGAACGAAUCAAGGAAAAACUUAUGAAGAGACCAGUUACAGGAAAAGAUCUUAUGAUAGUCAAUAUGGGACCUCACCACCCAUCCAUGCACGGUGUUCUUCGCUUAAUUGUUACUCUAGACGGUGAGGAUGUUGUUGAUUGUGAACCCAUAUUGGGUUAUUUACACAGAGGAAUGGAAAAAAUUGCAGAAAACCGAGCAAUUAUACAAUAUUUACCUUAUGUAACGCGGUGGGAUUAUUUAGCUACUAUGUUUACAGAAGCAAUAACAGUAAACGGACCCGAACAAUUAGGAAAUAUUCAAGUUCCUAAAAGAGCCAGCUAUAUCAGAGUAAUUAUGCUAGAAUUGAGUCGUAUAGCUUCUCAUCUGUUAUGGCUUGGCCCUUUUAUGGCAGAUAUUGGGGCACAGACUCCCUUUUUCUAUAUUUUCAGAGAACGAGAAUUUGUAUAUGAUCUAUUCGAAGCUGCCACCGGUAUGAGAAUGAUGCAUAAUUUUUUUCGUAUUGGAGGAAUAGCGGCGGAUUUACCUUAUGGUUGGAUAGAUAAAUGCUUGGAUUUUUGUGAUUAUUUUUUAACAGAGGUUGUUGAAUAUCAAAAACUUAUUACACGAAAUCCUAUUUUUUUAGAACGAGUUGAAGGCGUUGGGAUUAUUGGUGGGGAAGAAGCAAUAAAUUGGGGUUUAUCCGGACCAAUGUUACGCGCAUCCGGAAUACCAUGGGAUCUUCGUAAAGUUGAUCGUUAUGAGUCUUACGAUGAAUUUGAAUGGGAAAUUCAGUGGCAAAAACAAGGAGAUUCAUUAGCUCGUUAUUUAGUACGACUUAGCGAAAUGACAGAAUCCAUCAAAAUUAUUCAACAGGCUCUGGAAGGACUUCCGGGGGGUCCCUAUGAAAAUUUAGAAAGCAGAGGCUUUGAUAAAAAAAGGAAUCCAGAGUGGAAUGAUUUUGAAUAUCGAUUCAUUAGUAAAAAACCUUCCCCUACUUUUGAAUUAUCGAAACAAGAACUUUACGUAAGAGUUGAAGCUCCAAAAGGGGAAUUGGGAAUUUUUCUCAUAGGAGAUCAAAGUGGUUUUCCUUGGAGAUGGAAAAUCCGACCGCCGGGUUUUAUUAAUUUGCAAAUUCUUCCUGAACUAGUUAAAAGAAUGAAAUUGGCUGAUAUUAUGACGAUACUCGGUAGCAUAGAUAUAAUUAUGGGAGAAGUUGAUCGUUAAAAUGAUAAUUUAUGCAACAGAAGUACAAACAAUAAAUUCUUUUCUUAGAUUGGAAUCUUUAAAAGAGGUCUAUGGACUCAUAUGGAUAUUUGUCCCUAUAUUUUCUCUUGUAUUGGGAAUCAUAACUGGUGUACUAGUAAUUGUGUGGUUAGAAAGAGAAAUAUCUGCAGGGAUACAACAACGUAUUGGACCUGAAUACGCCGGCCCGUUAGGAAUUCUUCAAGCUUUAGCCGACGGGACAAAACUACUUUUCAAAGAAGAUCUUCGUCCAUCUAGAGGAAAUACUCCUUUAUUUAGUAUUGGACCAUCUAUAGCAGUUAUCUCUAUUUUACUAAGUUAUUCAGUAAUUCCUUUUAGCAAUCACCUUGUUUUAGCGGAUCUCAAUAUCGGUAUUUUUUUAUGGAUUGCCAUCUCAAGUGUUGCUCCGAUCGGACUUCUUAUGUCAGGAUAUGGAUCAAAUAAUAAAUAUUCUUUUUUAGGUGGUCUGCGAGCUGCUGCUCAAGCGAUUAGUUAUGAAAUACCAUUAACUCUAUGUGUUUUAUCAAUAUCUCUACUAUCUAACAGUUUAAGUACAGUUGAUAUAGUUGAGGCACAAUCAAAAUAUGGUUUUUGGGGAUGGAAUUUGUGGCGUCAACCUAUAGGUUUUAUCAUUUUUCUAAUUUCUUCCCUAGCAGAAUGCGAGAGGUUACCUUUUGAUUUACCAGAAGCGGAAGAAGAAUUAAUAGCAGGUUAUCAAACUGAAUAUUCCGGUAUCAAAUUUGGUUUAUUUUAUGUUGCUUCUUAUCUAAAUCUAUUAAUUUCCUCAUUAUUUGUAACAGUUCUAUACUUAGGCGGUUGGAAUAUUUCUAUUCCGUAUAUAUCUAUGCUGGAGCUAUUUGAAAAGGAUCAAAUUUUUGGAACAACAAUUGGUAUCUUUAUUACAUUAGCUAAAACUUAUUUGUUCUUGUUCAUUUCUAUCGCAACCAGAUGGACUUUACCUAGGCUAAGAAUGGAUCAACUAUUAAAUCUUGGAUGGAAAUUUCUUUUACCGAUUUCCCUUGGUAAUCUAUUAUUAACAACUUCUUUCCAACUCUUUUCACUCUAAAUUGAAAAUCAAUCCAAGAUAUUCAUUACUUGUUUUAAACAAGAGAAAGAAACAAAGAUCAAAUUAUUCAUAGAUAAUUACAAUAUGCUUCCUAUGAUAACCGGGUUCAUGAAUUAUGGUCAACAAACCCUACGAGCUGCAAGGUAUAUUGGUCAGGGUUUCAUGAUUACCUUAUCCCACACAAAUCGUUUACCUGUAACUAUUCAAUAUCCCUAUGAAAAAUUAAUAACAUCAGAACGUUUCCGCGGUCGAAUCCAUUUCGAAUUUGAUAAAUGCAUUGCUUGUGAAGUAUGUGUUCGAGUAUGUCCUAUAGAUCUGCCGGUUGUUGAUUGGAAAUUGGAAACUAAUAUUCGAAAAAAACGAUUGCUUAAUUACAGUAUUGAUUUUGGAAUUUGUAUAUUUUGUGGUAAUUGUGUUGAGUAUUGUCCAACAAAUUGUUUGUCAAUGACUGAAGAAUAUGAGUUUUCAACUUAUGAUCGUCACGAGUUGAAUUAUAAUCAAAUCGCUUUGGGGCGUUUACCAAUGUCAGUAAUUGACGAUUAUACUAUUCGAACAAUUUUGAAUUCACCUCAAACAAAAAAUGGGUAAACCCAUUAAUUUUAUUAAAAAAAGAAUGCAAAACUGUUGAAUUAUAUUAUAUAAAGAAUUUAAUUAAAAACUUGUAUUUAUAGAAUAAUAUUAAGUAUUAAGGCUCAUCCUUUUAAUAUAAUAUUUUCGUAAUUAUUAUCUUGCUUGAAAUAGAUAGGUUGAAAAUAUUAGAAUAAAAAAGCGAAACUGUCUAAUAAUUGUAUCUACAUCAAUUAAUAUUCAUUAGAUUCUAAUUUCACUCUAUUAGAAACAUAUUAAAAAAAAAUUCCCCGGUUAAAUUAAUAAGGUCAUGAAAAGGAUUUCUAUUUUUUCUUUUUUUAAUAAUAUAAUGGAUUUGCCUGGAAAAAUACAUGAUUUUCUUUUAGUUUUUCUGGGAUCUGGUCUUCUAGUAGGAGGUCUGGGAGUGGUAUUACUUCCUAACCCAAUAUUUUCAGCCUUUUCCUUAGGAUUUGUUCUUGUUUGUAUAUCUUUAUUGUAUAUUCUAGCAAAUUCCCAUUUUGUAGCUGCUGCACAACUCCUUAUUUACGUGGGAGCCAUAAAUGUUUUAAUCAUAUUUGCUGUGAUGUUCAUGAAUGAUUCCGAAUAUUCCAUAGAUUUCAAUCUGUGGACUGUUGGGAAUGGGAUUACUUCAGUGGUUUGUACAACUAUUCUUUUUUCAUUAAUUUCUACUAUUCUCGAUACGUCAUGGUACGGGGUUAUUUGGACUACAAGAUUAAACCAGAUUUUAGAACAAGAUUUAAUAAGUAAUAGUCAACAAAUAGGAAUUCAUUUAUCAACAGAUUUUUUUCUUCCAUUUGAACUCAUUUCAAUAAUUCUUUUAGUUGCUUUGAUAGGUGCAAUUUCUGUGGCUCGUCAAUAAAAAAGGUUCCAAUUAGUAAAGACCAAAGAAAACUUUGUGUUUGUGUAUGUUAUGAUAUUUUUUUCCGUUCAUUCAAUUUGAUUGAAUACUAUUUCAUUUUUUAAAUAUAAAUUUUUAUAUUUUAUAUAUAUUUGAAAUUUUUUCCCUAAUAUAGUUUUUAUUCGUACUUUGUUGUUAUAUUCUAGUUGAUUGAAUCCGGUGAAUUGUUUUUAUUAUUCAUAUUGAUAAUGAAUCAAAAUUGAUAAGGAGUUGCUCAAUGAUACUCGAACAUGUACUUGUUUUGAGUGCCUAUUUAUUUUUGAUUGGUCUUUAUGGAUUGAUCACGAGUCGAAAUAUGGUUAGGGCUCUUAUGUGCCUUGAACUUAUACUCAAUGCAGUUAAUAUGAAUCUCGUAACAUUUGCUGAUUUUUUUGAUAAUUCCCAACUAAAAGGGGAUAUUUUCUGCAUUUUUGUUAUAGCAAUUGCAGCCGCUGAAGCAGCUAUUGGAUUAGCUAUAGUCUCGUCAAUUUAUCGUAACAGAAAAUCAACUCGCAUCAACCAAUCGACCUUAUUAAAUAAGUAGCAUAAAUCAAAAAAUUAUAGGUUUAAAUUUGCAUAUAUGAUAGGUUAUGACUUACUAGAUUAAAUUUGUGAAAAUUUAAGAAAUCAAAGUAUUUUAGCCCCAUUUUUUACCAAUUGAGCCAGAAUUCAUUAAAAAAUUCUAUUAAAAGAAAUCAUUGCUUCAUCUAGUAUUUUAAUUUAAUAUAUCAUUUAGUUAUAAGUUUACUAGAUUGAAAAUUUAUGACAUUAAAAAAACUAUAGAUCCUAUGUCACAUUCAGUAAAAAUUUAUGAUACCUGUAUAGGAUGUACUCAGUGUGUCCGAGCAUGUCCUACAGACGUAUUAGAAAUGAUACCUUGGGAUGGAUGUAAAGCUAAGCAAAUAGCUUCUGCCCCAAGAACCGAGGAUUGUGUUGGUUGUAAGAGAUGUGAAUCUGCCUGUCCAACGGAUUUUUUGAGCGUUCGAGUUUAUUUAUGGCAUGAAACAACUCGAAGCAUGGGUCUAGCUUAUUAAUACGUUACCGAAAACCUGAUUUGAAUAAAUUUGGAAUACAUUUUAUUUUUUUAUUGACAAGUACUCGUACUCAAAAAAGUUCAAUUAUAUUUUUUUAUUUAUAUAUUUUUUGAGUACGCGUUCUUUGGACCUGGUGUAUCUUGUCUUUACCACGAAUGAUUUUCCUUGGUUAACAAUAAUUGUUGUUUUUCCAAUAUCUGCCGGUUCAUUAAUGUUAUUUCUCCCGCAUAGGGGAAAUAAAGUUAAUAAGUGGUAUACUAUAUGCAUUUGUAUCUUAGAACUUCUUCUAACGACUUACGCUUUUUGUUAUAAUUUUAAACUGGACGAUCCAUUAAUUCAACUGUCCGAAGAUUAUAAAUGGAUCAAUCUUUUUGAUUUUUAUUGGAGACUGGGAAUAGAUGGACUUUCUAUAGGAACGAUUUUACUGACCGGAUUUAUUACUACUUUAGCUACUUUAGCGGCUUUUCCAGUUACUCGGGAUUCCCGAUUAUUCUAUUUCCUGAUGUUAGCAAUGUACAGCGGCCAAAUAGGAUCGUUUUCUUCUCGGGAUAUUUUACUUUUUUUCAUCAUGUGGGAAUUAGAAUUAAUUCCCGUUUAUCUCCUUUUAUCCAUGUGGGGUGGAAAGAAACGUUUGUAUUCAGCUACAAAAUUUAUUUUAUACACUGCAGGAAGUUCUAUUUUUUUAUUAAUAGGAGUUUUAGGUAUAAGUUUAUAUGGUUCGAACGAACCAACAUUAAAUUUAGAACUAUUAGGGAAUCAAGCCUAUCCGGUCACACUCGAAAUACUCUUUUAUAUUGGAUUUCUUAUUGCUUUUGCCGUCAAAUCACCGAUUAUACCUUUACAUACUUGGUUACCUGACACCCACGGCGAGGCACAUUACAGUACCUGUAUGCUUCUCGCUGGAAUCUUAUUAAAAAUGGGAGCAUAUGGAUUGGUUCGAAUCAAUAUGGAAUUAUUACCUCACGCUCAUUCUAUGUUUUCUCCUUGGUUGAUGGUAGUCGGUACAAUCCAAAUAAUUUAUGCAGCUUCAACAUCUCCCGGUCAACGUAAUUUAAAAAAGAGAAUAGCCUAUUCUUCUGUAUCUCAUAUGGGUUUUAUAAUUAUAGGUAUUGGUUCUAUAACGGAUCCUGGGCUUAAUGGAGCUAUUUUACAAAUAAUCUCUCAUGGAUUUAUUGGCGCUGCACUUUUUUUCUUGGCAGGAACUAGUUAUGAUAGAAUCCGGCUUGUUUAUCUUGAUGAAAUGGGUGGAAUGGCUAUCUCCAUUCCAAAGAUAUUUACAAUGUUCACUAUCUUAUCGAUGGCUUCCCUUGCAUUACCGGGCAUGAGUGGUUUUGUUGCCGAAUUAAUCGUUUUUUUUGGAAUAAUUACCAGCCAAAAAUAUUUCUUAAUUUCAAAAAUUUUAAUUAUUUUUGUAAUGGCAAUUGGAAUGAUAUUAACUCCUAUAUAUUUAUUAUCUAUGUCACGUCAAAUGUUCUAUGGAUACAAGUUAAUUAAUGCCAAAAACUUUUCUUUUUUUGAUUCUGGACCCCGAGAGUUAUUUCUUUCAAUCUCUAUUCUUCUACCCAUAAUUGGUAUUGGGAUUUAUCCUGAUUUUGUGCUCUCAUUAGCAAGUGACAAGGUCGAAUCCAUUUUAUCUAAUUAUUUUUAUGGAUAGUUUUCA